UAACAGAAGAUGGGGAGGCUUCUUCCUAAGAGUGCUGCGGUGUUAAGCCUUGUGUUGUUGUUGGUGGUUGCUGAUGGAAGGUGGAUCCAGGACGAGAAGUUUAUUGGAGGUGGUGGAGGAGCCGGUGGUGGUGGUGGGUAUGGGGGUGGCGGUGGCAUAGGAGGUGGUCAAGGAGGCGGGUUCGGAGGUGGGUCUGGUGGCGGUUUUGGAGGAGGACAUGGCGGUGGGUCUGGUGGUGGGUUUGGAGGUGGUCAGGGCGGAGGGUUUGGUGGUGGGUCUGGUGGUGGUAAGGGUGGAGGGUUUGGUGGCGGGUCCGGUGGAGGGCAUGGCGGCGGGUCUGGUGGCGGGUUUGGAGGUGGUCAAGGUGGUGGGUUCGGAGGAGGGUCUGGUGGUGGAUUUGGAGGUGGUCAGGGCGGAGGGUCUGGUGGUGGGUUUGGAGGGGGUCAAGGCGGUGGGUCAGGUGGUGGGUUUGGUGGCGGUGCCGGUGGUGGGUCUGGUGGUGGGUUUGGAGGUGGUCAAGGUGGCGGUUCCGGUGGUGGUUUUGGAGGAGGGUCUGGUGGUGGGUUCGGAGGCGGUCAUGGUGGGGGUGCCGGUGGUGGCGGUCAUGGUGGGGGUGCCGGUGGUGGUUUUGGAGGAGGGUCUGGUGGUGGGUUCGGAGGCGGUCAUGGUGGGGGUGCCGGUGGUGGUUUUGGAGGAGGGUCUGGUGGUGGGUUUGGAGGUGGUCGAGGCGGUAGAUUCGAAGGUGGACGUGGUGGAGGAGGAUAUGCUGGCGGGUUUGGAGGAAGAAGUGGUAGAGGCUUUGGAGGAGUAUCAGGUGGUGGUGCUGGUGGCGGAUUUGAGGGUGGUGCCGGUGGCGGUUCAGGUGGUGGGUAUGGGGGUGGUGCCGGCAAGGGCGGUGGCUUCUAAUGUCUUAACGGGAAAGAUGCGUCGAACAUUACGUCUCAUGCGUGCAGUGGAGUAUGUAAUCCCUUACAUAGAAAUAGAUAGAAGUAAAUAAUGAUGCAUCAAUUAAGUUAAAGCCUGUUUUGAUGCAAAGACGAAAGUUCGUGACUUAAUAAUAAAC